AUGGCCAACGACAUUCUAGCGCCGCAUCUCCUCACUAUACCACGCGAACUUCGAAAUAACGUAUACACAUACCUUUACCAUGAGGUCAGUCUGUGGUGGGAUUGGGGCAAAGGGCAAGAUUGUCGCAAGGGUCACAUCGUCAACCAAGUCCUUGUACGAUUUCACAAUGCACCCUGCAGCAAUGUCAUUCGCGCACAUUCUCGAUUAUGCCACGAAUACAUCGAAUCUGCGCCUAUGAAAGAUCUCUCGGCGACGAUUGAAGUGUAUCCUUCGAUAUACACAAAUGUGAGCACCGACAAAGAUGUUGACCUUGGCGUUCUCUCGAAACGAGUGACUAGUGCCUUCAAAAACCUUCGAAACAUCACAAUUUUUCUCACUUAUAUCGACGCUUUAUCAAGGAGCUAUGUGCCUGGUGCUGAGAUGUGGGCUAGCAUCGAAAGACUCAUCGGAGCAAUCAAACAUGAAGCUCCGCACUUGUCAAAUGUUCGGGUGGCAUUCAAACACAACUCAGGUCCUGAACUGGCCCGCUCCGAACAACAGUGUGAUACCUUCGCUACCCCUAAUUUCCUACCUGGGCCACCAGACAGUCUGGUCGAGUUCCCGCUAGUACAGCGUGCAGAAGGACACCACAUACUAUGCCAAAGACGCGGAUCAUCAACUAGGAACACGGUACUCAAGUAUGGCGCAUAUGUUUUCAGUUCACCAUAUGCUAAACCCGCUUACAUAACAUCGAAAGAAAUUGCGGAAAAGUGGAAUGUUGGGUUUGAUGGACCAGUAUGGAGGGAGAAGCGAGGCAAGGAAGAUGCAAAAGAGUGGUUUUAA